AUGGACAUCGGUAGCUUUCAGGUUGUGGAGUUUAGUUCUCGGUUGGAGAUCGCCACGUUCGCGUUCUUGGUGUACGACUACCUGCUCACGUUUUCGGCCGAAGCGACAUACAUAUGGCCCCGACCUCUUUCGCGCGCGUCUAUGCUAUUCUUCAGCAUUCGCUAUAUACCAAUACUGGCAUCUCUCGCCCUAAUCGUUCUUGGACAUGUCCCUUCUCUUGCCAUUGAUUGCGGAACAUAUGAAUGGUGUGUGAAGGUGAAGCUACUCGCAACACAAGUAUACGUUUGUAUCAUCAUGGGAGUGCGAGUUGCUGCGAUGUACUACAACAAACGGAGCAUAGUGGUGCUUCUCUUCGUCGUUUCGGCUACUCUUCUUGGCGCAAGCAUUGGCAUCAUCGUGUAUAAGGAGAACGCGACGGUGUACACUUUCAUAGGCCUCGGGGUGAGGCUAUGUCAGGCUGCACUCUAUGACGAACGAGAUGCAUAUGCAUGGGUCAUGCAAGCUGUCUUCGACGUUUUCGUACUGAUCCUCACAGUCCUGCGCACUCUCGCGGAUUGGCACGAGGAAGGCGUUCGGCGUUGUCCAGGUUCCGGUAGAGGUCUUGCCGAUCUCAUGUUUCGCGAUGGAAUCGUGUUCUACGUGGUGAUCACGCUCGCAACCGUCGCGAACAUCGUUACCUUCUUCGUCGGACCACCACUGGCACGCGGCUGUCUUAGCGUACUAGCUAGUGCGAUCGGCACGGCUAUGCUAGCGCGUCUCACGCUUCACCUGCACGCCGCUGUCGCGCGCACUGCUCGCGACAGCCGUAGCGUCGACCUUGACAUCGUAGACGCUAUAAGCACAGACAUGCCUGCCACUCGCGACUUGGAGAUGCUUGAUAUUGUGGGGGACGUUGCGUACAGGGUGCAGGAUGACGGGGAGUAUAUCAGCGCGGCUUUGGACUCGCCAGUGGAUAGCGAGCAUACGCCGAAGACGGACAUCCUUAGCCACGUGGCUAUGCCAUGA